AGCAUGUUUCUUUUCCAAUUCACAGAGUACUUGGACUACUUGACGGUACACAUUUUGCAUUAUGUCUUAAUGCCUCAUAUACAUCAUUUCUGGUAUUUAGUGUCAUUGUCUCAGCAAGUUGUAAACUCUGUUUUACGCAAAGGAAGAGCAGAAGUUCCUCACAACAGCAGCCUUCUAAGGCCACCUUCAGAAGGGAGUUCAUUCUAAAGAUGCCUGUCUAGCUAUCCAGAUGGUGGGACUACAGAUGAAUAUGGAGCUGAGAAUGACACCGUUCCCUGAUUGAUGUUUUCUUUGAGAUGGUCGGAGGGGAAGUCUACACGAAUACAGUGGCAGAAGUAGAUGAGGAUCUUUCUAGGCAGUCCCAGCACAAGUCCAUCUUACCUUUGCCAUCAAAUACACAUUAUCGAGCAUUCCGAGGAAGUGAGAGAGACAUUGUGGAGCGUUGUGUUCAAACUUUGCAAGUCAGUGGAUUUUAUUGGGGACCUUUGCCUAUGAAAGAGGCACAUGACAAACUGAAAGAAGAGCCUAUGGGGACCUUUCUUGUCCGAGACAGCUCACAAGGUAACCAUCUGUUCAGCCUUAGUGUGAAGACAGAAACUGGUCCUUUCAGUCUGCGUGUUAAUUUUAAGGAUCGUGCCUUUUGGCUUGAAAACCACAGCUCAGACUGUUUAGUACGGUUACUAGAAAUAUGUGUAGAAAAAACAAGGACCACACCAUUAUGUUGUAAUGAAGGGAUACGUGUAUCAUUUUCCAAGCCACUGAGACGCAGCCGAAUACCAGAUCUACAAGAACUUUGCAGAAAAAGAAUAGUGACAGAAUGUGGAAUAGAAAGAGUUAAGGCUCUACCAAUUCAGCCAGCACUGAGAAAGUACAUUGAAAAGUUUCCCUUUAAAAUCUAAAACUACAGUACUUUUGCCUUGUUGUUUGUUUCUUUUGUUCUUUCCACUGCAAUGAUGAAAGGAGGGAAAUUCCCACAAGCUAGUGUGAAUUUGAGCAUCAGUGCAGCCUACACUGUAAAACAGCCUGUAUAUUUUUUUUUUUUUACAAAUUUGGCAGUUAUUUGCUUCAGCAUAUAUGCCUAACUACAGGUAAUAGCAUUAUUAACAUGCAAAUUCAAUUAUUUCUUAAAACAGCACUUUAUUCUUCCAAAACCAUUCUAAAUAUAGAUUAAUAUGAGUGAUGCUUCAGCUAUGUAUGCUGAUUGAAAUUUCUUUUUCAGAAGUUUGAUGCCUGUGUUUAAUAAUAGCAUUGUUAUGUUUAUAUACAUAAAGGCAUAUUUGCAGUUGCUUGAA